CGGAGGACAACACGGUUUCUUUUUCACGUCGCUGCACCCAACCAUGUUUAUUAGCUAAUUAGUCCGCGUAAAUUCAACUGCGUUUCUGGUUAAUGUGAGUUUUAUUUCUGAAAGAGUUCACAGAACCGACACUGUUCCACAGGAAGCGUAGAGGAGGGGUUUAAUCGAGUACCAGAGCACAGUUAGCAUGAGUCUUGAGUUAGCUGUGAAAGCUAGUUAUGCUAGGAGCUGAUGAAACACGCAAGGUGUCAAAGAGAAAGAGCUCAGCCCAGGAUGUAAAGAUGGACACGGAGAGACAGGGUGCACUUUAGUGGAGCACAGCAGAUCAGAUCAGAUCCGCCACUGAGCACUACGAAGUGUGUGUGUGUUGGGAUUCGUUCUCAGGAGCUUUGUGGAGGUGUAUAUGGGACGCAGCAGGAUGUCGGAUUCUCUCCUCCUGACGUUUCAGACUCAGCUCUCUGGGGUGAUGGAGACCAUCCUGAGAUCAGCUCUUUGUGAAAUCACCAGGCUGGUGGAGGGAAGCUUCUUAGAGGAGAUCGGUCGUGGGAAACAAGAGGCAGAAGUUUUGAGACGGAGAUUGCAAAUCCUGGAAACUAAACUGGGUGAGAAAGAGAGGGUGAAGAGAGUGAGGUGUACAGACUGCGGCAGAACCGGACUCUCGAGGAAGGACACUGCUCUGAGAGACCCCAGGAGGCAAAGUGAAGGUGUGGAGUUGGUUUGUGUUACAAAGCAGGAGGGUGUGUCUGAAGCGGGCAGGAGAAUCUGUGAGAAGGGAAGUGGAACAUCAGGUCAAGAGGCAACGUCAACCAUUCCUGACCCUGAACUCAAGACUCAAGUGGAUGGAGCGAAAGUUGGCGGGGCAGUGAAGGAGGAAGUCGCGGAGGCCUCGGGCGUGCAGAUCUACUCAACAGCGCACACUCACACCACAGCAGAUCACAGAGUAUCCCAGAGCCACAAUACUGGGGAGACAUCAGGCAUCCACACAUCACAGCCUGAUCACUGGCUCCCUCAGAGAGACAAGUUACCCAGCACUGGUGCUGGAAAUCAGGAUUUAGUGAAGCAGAGAGCACAAUCAAAGAAGCCAGAAUCUAAAACGGAGCAAUUGGUGCAUACAUCUCAAUCACAGACUGAGCUUACGGUGCCUGCGCCAUCUUCGGUGUCCCCCACUGUGAACCAGCAGGCAGGCACGUCAGAAUCAGUGGCCAUUAAACAGGAAGUUGUAGUGGUGCUUCCUCCAGAAUGGGAAGAGUUGGACAGGGCAAGGACAGGGACUACGUCCACGGCAAGCAUGGUAAGUCAGGUACGGGAAGAGCUCCAGCACAGAGAUCCUCUGCCUCCAGGAACCUCUGAGGAAAGACAUGUGGUCUAUCCAGUAACUUCUAGUAAGGAAAUCCCAUCUUCUCAGGUCACGCAGCAACUCAGGAUGCUGGUUAAAAAACAGCCCAAACCUGCUGAACAUGCCAAUGUGCUGGCGUCAAGCUCUGCCACUGUGAACGUGUCCAGGGGACAUUCGCUCCACAAAAGUUCCCCUCUACCAAAACCCUCUCAUGCACUUCCACAACUCCAGCGCUCCUACACAGACGAGAGGGCCGUCAGUGCCUUGCAGUCUGGAAGAAAUGUCCCACAGACGGUCGGCAUUAGGACUCAAGGACACGUUGGGCACCAUAUGGUGAGGACACAGCACAUCUGCUCGCAGUGUGGUAAAGGCUUCUCACACCUCUGCCACUUGAGAGCUCACCAACAGAUCCACACAGGAGAGAGACAGUUCUGCUGCGGACUGUGUGGCCGCAGCUUCACCAAACUCAGCAACCUGAAGGCACAUCGCAGGGUCCACACGGGAGAAAGACCCUAUAUCUGCAUGGACUGUGGAAAACGGUUCACACAGAAAUGCAACUUAAAAAGGCACCAGAGGAUUCAUUCCACUCGCCUGUGACGACUGGUUUCUGCCUGACUGUGCUCGUUAAAGCGUAAAGAGGUUUUGUGUUUACAGUGUGUAACUAUUCUAUUGUGCAGCUGUCUCUUGUUUUGUAUACGGAUGUGUGGAUAACUUCUCCAUGUCUAUCUCUCUUCCAGAUAUAUAAGCAAUGUUGUGCUCAAGACCAUGAAUAGUGUAGUCUUUUAUCCAUAGUCAUACAAUGUUAUGAAAUUGCACCACUAUGAAUAAUAAUAAUAAUAAUAAUAAUAAUAAAAGACCUUUUUUCAUAGUG